UAUAUGUGAGAGGAAACAGGAUGACAUUGAUUUUGAACCAAAACAAAUAAACAAACAAAAAAGAAGAACAUUUUGAACCAAAACAGCAGAACAGAUAUCCCGCCACAUUAUAGGAAAAUGGAUGCUUCUCAGAGAAGUUAUGAUUCUGGUUUCGACAUCAGAUACUGUUUCACCAACAGGAAGAAAUUCUGGAAAUACAUUAUGGACAACAUAUUUAUGGUUUCCAGUCUGGCUGCUGUUGUCCUUGGGAUCAUUAUCGGCUUGAUUGUCAAGACCCAGUUCAGUAUUUCAGACGUUGACCAACUCUACAUCGGCUUCCCAGGAGAAAUACUCAUGCGGAUGCUUCAGAUGGUUACUGCUCCCCUCAUUGUGACUAGCGUGAUAACAGGGGUUUCUGGUCUAAGUGUUAACACCUCCAGAAAAAUAGCUGCGCGUGCUGCAGUAUACUUUGUCUCCACAACUCUUAUAUCUGUGACCAUCGGAAUGAUAUUGGUGUUGUUGGUCAAGCCAGGGGCUGCUCUCACUGCGAGUAAAAGUGAUACAGAGGAAGAGGAACAGUUCUCCACUGUGGACGCCUUGUUGGAUCUAGUACGGAACAUGGUGCCGGAGAAUCUGGUUCAGGCUUGCUUCCAGCAGUACAAGACUGACAGGCUGGAGUAUGAAGUUCACACGUUUGAGCCAAAUUCUAGCGUGGAAACGAACCACACUGAAGUGCAGCUGGUGGACCACUACGUUGAUGGAUCCAACACGCUGGGCCUCAUUGUGUGUUCUUUUAUUUUCGGACUGACCCUUAAGACGAUGGGAGAAAGAGGGAAGGCCCUUGUGGAGCUUCUUAGCAUCCUCAACGAGGCCACAAAAUAUGUGGUUGACUUGAUCCUGUGCUACUUGCCUGCGGGAGUGAUGUUCAUGAUUGCAAGCCACGUUGUUGAGGUUCACGACUGGGAAACUACUUACAAACUCGGAAAGUUCAUGGCAGUGGUUGUUAUUGGGCUCAUAAUUCAUGCAGUAAUUGUUCUGCCAACGGUCUAUCUUCUGUGGGUGAGACGUAACCCCUGGACAGUCAUUAAGGCGGUUUCUCCUGCCUUACUAACUGCAGUGCUCAUCUCAUCCAGCUCUGCCACGCUGCCGCUUACUUUCCAAUGUUGUGAGGAGAGAAAUAACAUUGACCGGAGAAUUUCCCGCUUCAUGCUGCCCAUUGGGACCAAUGUUAACAUGGACGGAACAGCCCUUUAUGAAGUGGUUGCAGCUGUUUUCAUUGCCCAACUCACCCACAUCAAUCUGGAUUUGAGCCAGUUAAUCACCCUAGGAGUGACAGCAGCAGUCUCCAGCAUUGGAGCAGCGGGGAUCCCAGCUACGGGAGCGGUCACCACUCUCUUUGUUUUGACUGCAAUCGGUUUACCUGCGAAGGAAGCUUCCAUUUUGGUGGUGGUAGAAUGGCUCCUAGACCGCUGCAACACCGUUGUCAACGUCCUCGGAGACUGCAUAGGCGUGGCACUCGUUGAUCAACUGUCCAAAAGAGAACUGGAAAAAAUGGAGGAAUAUGAACAGGGCAGUACAAGGUCUGACAUUGAUGCUGACGGGCACGUCCAGGAUGGAGAGGUCCAUAUCAGCAGCGCAGGCUCUUUUGUGACUAUUUAGUCCCUUUAUACCUCAACAUAAAGUUAAUCAAUCCAAGGCAAUGACUGUAUUUGACUUUAUACAGCAUCAGCUCGGCAUCAACAGCAACUGGAUAUCAGCCAAAAGAAACAUGGUUCAUUUUGAAAAAGGUUCCUAAGUGCUUAAAAUUGUGGUGUCUCUUUA